CUAACUAACACUGUGAUACAUGUGGUUUAAAAUAGAAGUGCAGGCUAAGCAGAAGCUAAUACGAAUUAUAUUGUGACAACCUAUUUGAACUUGUGAAUGUAGUAAGCGUAGAUAAAAUACGAAACGUUUACUUUACAAUUAGUAAUGCUAGUUAGUGUUAAUGCAGGCUGUAAUCUGAGAGUAUAGCUGACUAGCUGGUUGCAACAUGGGUCGAAAGAAACAGGGCAAGUUUGUGCGCCCUGACAACAACAAGGGAAAAGAUAAAAGGCAUAAAAUGAAGGGGAAAUCCUUAGAGGCCUUUACAGAAGAAAUGCACACUGCUUUUGAAGCAAGUCUUCACCUGGAGGAGGGAGCAGAGGCCCCUCAGGUGAAACUGCCUUGUCCUCUUGCCAUGUGGGAGUUGGGACACUGUGAUCCUAAACGUUGUACUGGAAGAAAGUUGGCACGCAAGGGCUUUGUACGCAAUCUACGCCUCAAUCAGAGAUUUAAUGGACUCAUACUGAGUCCGAUGGGCACAAAGUAUGUGACCCCAGCAGACAGAGAGAUUGUGGCUCAAAAUGGUGUAGCAGUGAUCGAUUGUUCCUGGGCUAAACUGGAUGAGACUCCCUUCAGUAAGAUGGUUGGAACUCAUCCCAGGUUACUGCCGUUCCUCGUCGCUGCAAACCCCGUCAACUACGGCAAGCCUUGCAAGUUAUCCUGUGUUGAGGCUUUUGCUGCCACGUUCUGCAUUGUUGGUUUUGAAGAACUAGCAAUGCUCUUGUUGAAUAAAUUCAAGUGGGGGAGAGUGUUCCUGGAUCUCAAUAAAGUUCUGCUGGACCGCUAUGCAGCAUGCCAGUCGGAGGAAGAGCUGCUCGCUGUAGAAAAGGACUAUAUCACAGCUAAACCAGAGGAGGAUGAGUUUGAUCCAUUUGAUGUUAACUCGGGAGUUGAAUGUAGGAAUCUCAACAGACCUCUGUGUGAACCUGAAGAUGAUGAUUCUAGUGAGGAUACAGACACCUCAGAGGAUAACGAAGAGGAUGAUGAGGCAGAAGAUGAAAAAACAGAAAGCAACAAUGAGUCACUAACAGUCUCGCAUCAUCAUGAAGAGGAAGGGACUGAAUCAUAAUCAUCACAAUAAAGCAUAUUUCAACUAUGGA